UCGUGUGGGUUGGUCGCCUCGGCCGCGCGCUCCUGUAAAAGUGUUUAACAUUUUGCGAACUUUGUUUAUUGUGACUAUGGAAUGUUUAAAAAGUUUGAGCGAUUUCUAAAUCAUAGUUGGCGUGUGUUUUUAUAGGUGUGUUGUUUUGUUAUGUUUUUUAAUUUUGACUUUACACCCAAGUACGACGAGCAUUUGAGGAUGUAAACCUAGACCCUGUUGCAUGAUGUUAGACAUCAAUGACGAAGAACUGACAUAUUAUGAGACCAGCACGCUAUACUCCACUCUAGCCACCAACGGCAGCAUCACCGACGACGAAUAUGUCAACUCCACCUUCUCUCCAAACUCAACAUGGUCAGAAGACUCUCUAGUGUGCGAUCCCAACACUUCGGACAGUUUCCUCACGUCAACAUUAUUCCAUACGUGUGUUUACUUCAUGUACUGCGUGGUCUUUGUGGUGGCACUUCUUGGCAACGGUCUCGUGUGUUUUGUAGUGCAAACUUCUCCACGCAUGAAGACAGUGACGAACUACUUCAUAGUGAACCUGGCGGUCGGUGACAUCCUGAUGACGAUGUUCUGCGUGCCGUUCUCGUUCGUAUCGAUGCUGAUCCUACGCUACUGGCCCUUUGGCGCAGUCAUGUGCAAGGUGGUGAACUUCUCGCAAGCGGUCUCGGUUCUCGUCAGCGCAUACACGCUGCUCGCUAUAUCUAUUGAUAGGUAUAUGGCGAUUAUGAGACCCCUAAAGCCUCGACUGGGGAAGACUGCGGCUAAAAUUGUGGUGGCUGGAGUAUGGGGAGGCGCGGUCGCUACUGCUGCGCCGAUAUAUGUGGUAUCAAAACUACAGAGACCUUCCGAGUGGCAUCGUGUAUGUAAUGCAGAUGUAUGCCUCGAGGAGUGGGAGCGGGAAGGUCAGAGCGAGCGGUACACGUGUGCGUUGCUGGUGCUGCAGUUCGCGCUGCCGCUGAGCGCUCUGGUCUGCACGUACGCGAGGAUCGCGCAUGUGGUGUGGGGGGGUCGACCCCCUGGCGAGGCGCAGACUGCCAGGGAUUCCAGGAUGCAGCGGUCAAAAAGAAAGAUGAUCAAAAUGAUGGUGAUGGUAGUGGCUGUGUUCACAAUCUGUUGGCUGCCACUCAACGUGUUCCUUGUUUUAUGGACGAUACACGCGGAGGACGAGGCGUGGGCGAUGUGGCCCGGCAUGCCAUUCGUUUGGUUCGGGAGUCACUGGUUGGCAAUGUCUCAUUCCUGUUACAACCCUAUUAUAUAUUGCUACAUGAAUGCACGCUACCGACGCGGCUUCAAACAGGCACUAGGUUGUUUCCUGCGCAUUCGUCUUGACACGCCAUCUCGUUCGUGUCCCCGGUCAAGUAUGUGUGAAGGAGUGCAAAUGUCUGAGAUGGUGGGUGUGAAUGGCAUCAUGCGACGUGGCACGUCCAGCAGCUGCGUGAGCCGGUUGAAUCGCGCACCUACCUGUUCAUCGUGCACUUCUGUACGACGCGGUCCACAGACAGGAACGUUCACUGCCUCCCGCUCCUGCACGCCAGUGCCGCCAGUGCGGGCUUUGUCAGUGCGCACACACUUCAACUAAACAUGAAGUUUACCAUACGUGAAUGUGUAUUCGAACAAUUUACAAAUAAAUCUCAUCCGGAACUGAUUGGUUAAUCAGGCUGAUAGAGCUUUGAAAAUUUGUUUAAUGUUCUAGAUUAACUCAUUAUCUGCACUAAAGUAUGGAUUUACGAUGGUUGUUAAAAACUAUGAAUAUUAUCAGUUAAAACUACUUUAGAGAUAUGAUCUAACACCUUUAUUAGCAAAUACAUUUAAAACAGGCAUAUCUACGGUACAUCUUAUAAUGAUAAUGGUAUAAUUGUUAUAUUAGAGACACAUUUCAGUUCAAAUGUUAUUGUAAAAUAAUAAAUCUUAGACCAAAAUAAUGUUAUAAUAAUAAUAAGUUUAUAUAAAUGUGAUUAAAGAUUAUGAAAAUGUAUAGAAAUCCUUCAGACUUGCGUUGUUGUCAAAUGCUGAUAUAAUAGUUUCAAGAAUUGAAAAAUCCUUAAACAUGAAAAUAAAUACAUAUUGUAUUGUUUGUCUUCUAAAUUUACUUGCAAUUAGCAUAAGCAAAUCUCAACGAAUAGGUAUUUGUAAUUUAAGCAGAAAUUAAAUAC